GGUAAACCACCAUGGUCGUCAACGAUCCCCCAAACAACGGCCAAUCAAGCGGUCAAGCCUUCGCUCAGAAAUCCAUGAAGCAGAUGACCAAGGCCGAGCGUCGCGAGCUGCAAGAGAAACAGCGCGCUGCGAAAGCGGAAAAGGCUGCUGCUGCCGGUGCCGGAGGCGGAGGCGGGAAACAGAAUCAGAAGCAGCAACAGCAACAGCAAAGACCACCGACCCUGAAGGAGAUGCCUUCACGAAAGCUCAGCAACGCUGUACCGCCGACUCCGGGGCGAAUCGUACGCGAUGGACGGGACCCAGCUGGGCUGGCCGACGAUGCCGCUGGGAGGGCCAGAGGGCUGCGGAUAUUCCAACACUUCGAUCGCACGAAACCAACGAGCGGGAAGGGCAACAUCCAUCCUGCUAUCGUGCGACUUGGUUUACAGUUCUCGCAAUUCAAGAUCUCAGGCGCGAACGCACGAUGUAUCGCAACGUUGACUGCUUUCAAAACUGUCAUACAAGACUAUGUGACUCCCCCGGACAGCACUCUUUCUCGCCAUCUGUUAACUUAUCUGUCGCCUCAAAUUAAUCAUCUCAAAGCGGCAAGACCGAUGUCCGUGACCAUGGGCAAUGCCAUCCGACAGUUGAAGCUCGAAAUUAGUAGCACCGACAUCGAUUUACCCGAGCAGGAUGCCAAAGAUGCUCUAUGUCAAAAGAUCGAUAACUACAUUCGUGACCGAAUCAUAAUAGCAGACGAAGUCAUACAAGAUACUGCAGGCAAGAAAAUCAAGGAUGGUGACGUCGUUAUGACAUAUGCACGAUCUUCCGUCGUCGAGAAGGCAUUGUUAAACGCCCAUGCGGAGGGGAAGCAAUUUUCGGCUAUCGUCGUUGAUUCAAGACCGAUGUUCGAAGGAAAACGACUUCUACGGGUGCUCUCACAUGCGGGGAUCGCCUGCACUUAUUCACUUCUGCCAUCAAUUGGGUCGCUCAUCACCGAAACCUCGCUCGUAUUCCUUGGAGCUCAUUCCCUACACUCAAACGGUGCUGUGUUUUCAAGAGCAGGCACGGCUUUGGUGGCCAUGAUGGCAAAGGCACACAACGUGCCAGUGGUCGUAUGUUGCGAAACCUACAAGUUUAGCGAAGGCGUCGUUUUGGAUAGCUUUACUCGAAAUGAGCUUGCUCCCACCGGCCUUUUCGCGUCUGAAUUCCCGCUUAGCAAACCUCCAUCAUCACGCACGCUGCAGAAUGGCCCGAACCUGGAGAUCCUGAACCCCCUUUAUGAUCUCACGCCUCCAACCAGCAUCACGGCCGUCGUCACUGAAGUCGGCAUCAUUCCACCGAACUCCAUUAGCUCAAUUCCUCUCGCCCUCGGAAGACAGUCCGUUUAACCCUUCAACGACGCGAGUUCCUCGUCGAUCAUUUCUUACGCGUGGAACCAGAUAUACCGACGUUCUCCUAGAUUUGCAACGGACGUGCGAGCACAGGAAGAUCCCGCUAUCGAUGCAUUGUAUAGUACCGGC